GGCGACGAUCCGAUCAUACAUACUGCGUGUUCGAGUGACAUCUCGUAGUUGUUCUCAGAGGGAUUUUUUCAGCGCAGCCUCACUAUGCCUGAGCCGAAGUCCAACCCAGACGAUAUCGCCACGGCGAUCCUGAAGCCGAAAGAUAAGCCCAACAGGCUCCUCGUCGAUGAAGCUGUCACCGAUGACAACUCUGUAAUCCAUCUUUCACAAGCGAAAAUGGACGAACUGAAUCUCUUCCGCGGAGAUACUGUCCUUCUCAAGGGCCGCAAACGUCGCGAGACGGUCGCCAUCGUGAUCUCGGACGAUACAUGUCCGAACGAGAAAAUCCGCAUGAACAGAUGUAUUCGCAAUAAUCUUCGAGUCCGCCUGGGAGACGUAAUUUCCGUCCAGGGCUGCCCCGAUAUCAAAUACGGCAAACGGAUCCACGUGCUGCCUAUCGACGAUUCGGUCGAGGGUUUGACAGGGAGUCUCUUCGAGGUAUUCCUCAAGCCGUACUUCCUCGAAGCCUACAGGCCUAUUCACAAAGGAGAUCUCUUCAUCGUUCGCGGCGGCAUGCGCGCUGUCGAAUUCAAGGUGGUCGAAACCGAUCCUGCCGGCUAUUGUAUCGUGGCCCCGGACACCGUCAUCCACUGCGAGGGCGAGCCGAUCAAGCGAGAAGAGGAGGAGGAGAGCCUCAAUGAAAUCGGUUACGAUGACAUUGGUGGUUGCCGGAAACAACUCGCUCUCAUCAAGGAGAUGGUCGAGCUGCCACUCCGCCAUCCAUCGCUAUUCAAAACAAUCGGAGUCAAGCCCCCGAGGGGUAUCCUGCUCUAUGGACCCCCGGGAACUGGAAAGACGUUGAUUGCUCGCGCAGUCGCCAAUGAAACCGGAGCCUUCUUCUUUUUGAUCAACGGUCCUGAAAUCAUGUCCAAACUCGCUGGUGAGUCCGAAUCCAACCUGCGCAAGGCUUUCGAGGAAGCUGAGAAAAACUCACCCGCGAUCAUAUUCAUCGACGAAAUCGAUGCGAUCGCGCCUAAGCGAGAGAAGACCCAUGGUGAAGUCGAAAGGAGAAUCGUGUCCCAACUCCUGACUCUGAUGGACGGUCUCAAGCAGAGAGCUCACGUGAUCGUUAUGGCCGCGACCAAUCGUCCCAACUCGAUCGAUGCUGCUCUACGUCGUUUCGGACGUUUCGAUCGCGAGGUUGACAUCAGCAUCCCGGACGCGACCGGACGUCUGGAAGUUCUCCGCAUCCACACCAAGAACAUGAAACUCGCGGACGAUGUCGAUUUGGAGAAAAUAGCGGCGGAGACUCACGGCUUCGUCGGCGCCGACCUGGCUGCUUUGUGCUCGGAGGCCGCUCUGCAACAAAUUCGAGAGAAGAUGGACGUCAUCGACCUCGAGGACGAUCAAAUCGACGCUGAGGUUUUGAACUCUCUCGCCGUCUCCAUGGAGAACUUCAGGUGGGCCAUGGGCAAAUCUUCGCCGUCGGCUCUCAGAGAAACGGUCGUCGAAGUUCCCAACGUGAGCUGGGAGGACAUUGGCGGUCUGGAGGGCGUGAAACAGGAACUCCAGGAGAUGAUUCAGUAUCCGGUUGAGCAUCCGGACAAGUUCCUCAAGUUUGGCAUGUCACCACCGAAGGGCGUCCUUUUCUACGGACCGCCUGGCUGCGGGAAGACUCUUUUGGCCAAAGCGAUCGCCAACGAGUGUCAGGCAAACUUCAUCUCGAUCAAGGGUCCCGAACUGCUGUCGAUGUGGUUCGGUGAGUCCGAGUCGAAUGUCCGAGAUAUUUUUGACAAGGCGAGAGCCGCAGCUCCUUGCGUGCUUUUCUUCGACGAGCUGGACUCGAUUGCGAAGUCUCGAGGCGGGAGCGUUGGUGAUGCCGGAGGUGCCGCCGAUCGCGUCAUCAAUCAGAUCCUCACCGAAAUGGACGGAAUGGGGGCGAAGAAGAAUGUCUUCAUCAUCGGCGCGACGAAUAGACCCGAUAUUAUCGAUCCUGCGAUCUUGCGACCCGGCCGUCUCGAUCAAUUGAUAUAUAUUCCACUACCGGACGAAAAGUCCCGCAUGCAAGUCUUCAGGGCUUGCUUGAGAAAGUCCCCAGUCGCAAAAGAUGUCGACAUUGGAUUCCUGGCCAAAAUCACGUCUGGCUUCUCCGGGGCUGACGUCACAGAAAUUUGUCAACGGGCUGCGAAAAUCGCGAUCAGCGAAAGCAUUCAGAAAGAGAUCCAACGUGAGAAGAGCCGUGCCGAGGGUAGUAACGCCAUGGAGAUGGACGAGGAUCCCGUCCCGGAAAUCCGUAGGGACCACUUCGAGGAAUCGAUGAAGUUUGCUCGGAAAUCGGUCAAUGAGAACGAUGUUCGAAAGUACGAGAUGUUCGCUCAGACCCUGCAGCAAUCCCGAGGAUUCGGGAACAACUUCCGGUUCCCGACGCAGACGCCUGCCGCGGGAGGUAACCCUGGAGGUCAAGGCAGUUUCCAAAAUGAUGAAGAUGACGACCUUUAUAACUAAAAAUGAGGUCUAUUUCGCGCGAAAGAGUCGGAUGUGAACUUGAUCGGAGAGACGGGGGGCAGUGGGACAGAAAGGCACUUGCUCCGAUGGUCAGUCCACUCGGAGUUGCCCCAGAAUUUUCUACUAAACAAAUAUGGCCGCGGACCGCGGAUGAGGAAGAAAGGCCGCUCCAGACGAAGCACUAUGAUAGAGGGAAAAUCAGAGAUAAAGGGGAGUGGGAGCGGUUAAAAUCCAGAAUCGCAGCGGCGGAUCUUGAUCAUAGAUCUAGAGAUCAUCUCGCUCUGAGGGAAAGGAGCCAAAAUCAGUUGACAUGAACGAUCCGCCUCUCUAAGCUCCUCUUUCUUUCCCUCGAAACUGCUUGUUCUGUUGUGAUCUUGAAGGAGGCGCAAACGGGCAGCAUAGGCGUGCUGGGUAGUUCGAUUUCGUGUGGGCAACCCUCCCACGUAUCUGGCUCGUCGGAUUUAUGCUAUGCACUUCAUGGAGAGCUCAGAAGCCACGCGUAUCGCAUCGUUCCGCGAUCGCUCGGCGAUAAGCGAGACUCAAGUGUUUCAUUAGGCGAGAUAUUUUCCUUGGUGGUAAUUUUAACUUAAAGAUAAACGAAAGAUAUUACAGAUGGACAUAUUAUACUGCGUCAAUCGAC